UGAGGAAGUUUGCUGAAGUGAAAUGGAGGCCUCAGUAAUAUUACCCAUUCUGAAGAAAAAGCUUGCCUUUCUUUCAGGCGGAAAGGACAGACGAAGUGGCCUCAUUCUGACAAUUCCAUUAUGCCUGGAACAGACAAAUAUGGAUGAACUGAGUGUCACCUUAGACUAUCUACUCAGCAUUCCAAGUGAAAAGUGUAAGGCUAGAGGAUUUACUGUGAUAGUGGAUGGCAGAAAGUCACAGUGGAAUGUGGUGAAAACAGUGGUCUUAAUGUUACAGAAUGUUGUUCCUGCUGAGGUGUCACUUGUUUGUGUAGUGAAGCCGGAUGAAUUUUGGGAUAAAAAAGUAACACAUUUUUGUUUUUGGAAAGAAAAAGAUAGACUUGGCUUUGAGGUUAUCUUAGUGUCCGCCAAUAAGUUGACUCGUUAUAUUGAACCAUGCCAAUUAACAGAAGAUUUUGGUGGGAGUCUUACUUAUGAUCACAUGGACUGGUUAAAUAAGAGGCUGGUUUUUGAGAAAUUUACAAAAGAAUCAACAUCUUUAUUAGAUGAACUUGCCUUGAUUAACAAUGGAAGUGAUAAAGGAAAUCAACAAGAGAAAGAAAGGUCUGUGGAUUUAAACUUUCUUCCCUCAGUUGAUCCUGAAACAGUUCUUCAGACAGGGCAUGAAUUAUUGUCUGAGUUACAGCAGCGUCGGUUUAAUGGCUCAGAUGGAGGGGUCUCCUGGUCACCUAUGGAUGAUGAGCUGCUUGCACAGCCACAGGUUAUGAAGUUGUUAGAUUCACUCCGAGAGCAGUAUACCCGCUACCAGGAAGUUUGUCGGCAGCGUAGCAAACGCACACAGUUAGAAGAGAUUCAACAGAAGGUAAUGCAGGUUGUGAACUGGCUUGAAGGACCUGGAUCAGAACAACUGAGAGCACAGUGGGGGAUUGGAGACUCCAUUAGGGCCUCCCAGGCCCUGCAGCAGAAGCACGAGGAGAUUGAGAGUCAACACAGUGAAUGGUUUGCAGUGUAUGUGGAACUGAAUCAACAAAUUGCAGCUCUCUUGAACGCUGGGGACGAAGAGGACCUUGUGGAGCUGAAGUCGCUGCAGCAGCAGUUGAGUGAUGUUUGUUACCGACAAGCCAGUCAGCUCGAGUUCAGGCAAAACCUGCUCCAGGCAGCUCUUGAAUUUCAUGGGGUUGCACAAGAUUUGUCUCAGCAGCUGGAUGGCUUAUUAGGAAUGUUGUGUGUAGAUGUUGCACCAGCUGAUGGAGCAUCGAUUCAGCAAACUUUAAAGCUGCUUGAAGAGAAGCUAAAAAGUGUUGAUGUGGGAUUGCAGGGGUUACGUGAAAAAGGUCAAGGCCUUCUGGAUCAGAUUUCCAAUCAAGCAUCCUGGGCCUAUGGAAAGGAUGUGACCAUUGAAAACAAGGAAAAUGUGGACCAUAUUCAAGGAGUGAUGGAAGAUAUGCAGCUUAGGAAACAAAGAUGUGAAGACAUGGUGGAUGUGCGGAGGUUAAAGAUGCUUCAGAUGGUGCAGUUGUUUAAAUGUGAGGAAGAUGCUGCCCAGGCAGUAGAAUGGCUCAGUGAACUUCUGGAUGCUCUGCUAAAGACUCACAUCAGAUUGGGCGAUGAUGCUCAGGAAACAAAAGUUUUACUGGAAAAACAUAGAAAAUUUGUUGACGUUGCACAGAGCACUUAUGACUAUGGAAGACAGUUGUUACAGGCCACAGUUGUGUUAUGCCAGUCUUUGCGUUGCACUUCUCGAUCAUCUGGGGACACACUUCCCCGACUGAACAGAGUAUGGAAACAGUUUACUAUAGCAUCUGAAGAGAGAGUACAUCGGUUGGAAAUGGCUAUUGCAUUUCAUUCAAAUGCUGAAAAGAUUUUGCAGGACUGUCCAGAAGAGCCUGAAGCUAUUAAUGAUGAGGAACAAUUUGAUGAAAUUGAAGCAGUUGGGAAAUCACUUUUGGAUAGAUUAACUGUUCCUGUAGUUUAUCCUGAUGGAACUGAACAGUAUUUUGGGAGUCCAAGCGACAUGGCUUCUACUGCAGAGCACAUCAGAGACAGGAUGAAGCUAGUUAGUCUCAAAAGGCAGCAGCUGAGACAUCCUGAAACGGUGACCACAGAGAGCUAAUACCUCCCAGCUCCGCACAGAACUACAGUUCACAGUCCCGCACGUGGCUGCGUCCCAUGGCAGUAGACACCACACGUUACGAUGCAUUUCACAGCCAAGAUAAGCCUCGUUUCUUCCUGUUACACAUUUCUAUCUACAUGUUAACACCUUUAAACUUCCAAGUAACAUGCUUUGAGACUACAGACUCCAAGUAUCUUAAAAGAAGGAACUGUAAACAUUGCACUGAAAACUUACUUUAAAGCUUUAUCUGACCUGACAGUUUAUAGAUGAAAAGCCGAUCAUAAGCUUUGAAUGGUGCUAAUAAAUGCUUAGGAGCUCUUUACAGGAAAUAAAUGAUUACCUUCCUCCCCAAGUGAUGUAGUAAAUUUAGACUGUAGUUCAACCAUUAUCAGUAGACAGUGGUGUUCUCAAAAUUUUGCUUUGUAAUUUUUCUUCAAAUUGGAUUAUUUUUAUUGUGUUAAUAUAAAGAGAAAACCCUUCAGAUCUUUGAUAUAUCAUAUUCAUCAUAAGACAUUUUCCUUUUUGUAUUGAUAAUGUAUUAAAAAAUUGUGCUUAAUAAAAUGUUCUUUUAAAUAUCU